AAUGCAAUGCGAUGAGUACGAUAGUUUGGCAACGCUGACCAGAACAACGGUACCGGACCCUUGUUGCCGGCAGCAGUCUCGGCCUUGUGCAGACAGCAACACCAUGGCGCUAAGGCUGGCUCCUACCGUGGCUCGGAGUGUUGGGAGUGUUGUCCGUGGCCAGGUCCAGGCACGAUGCUUCCAUGUCUCCCCGCUUAUCUCUGCGGCCCAGAAGGUGGCCAUGUCCCACCUGGACCCUGGCUCGGAGAUGCCCUACCCCAAGCUGCAGGCCAACUUAGAUAUCGUCAAACAAAGGCUGAACCGUCCCCUGACCCUCUCGGAAAAAGUGCUAUACUCCCAUCUCUCUGACCCCUCCAACCAAGAGAUCGUGCGCGGUGAAUCCUACCUCAAGCUCCACCCAGACCGCGUGGCUAUGCAGGACGCCACAGCCCAGAUGGCGAUGCUUCAGUUCAUCAGCUCCGGACUUCCGAGGGUUGCUGUUCCGUCGACAAUCCACUGUGAUCAUCUCAUUCAGGCACAGAUUGAUGGGCCCAAAGAUCUCAAGCGGGCUAUUGAUAUCAACAAGGAGGUCUACAAUUUCCUGGCUACUGCAGGGGCCAAGUAUGGGGUCGGGUUUUGGAAGCCUGGCUCGGGGAUCAUCCAUCAGAUCAUUCUGGAGAACUACGCUUUCCCGGGCCUCCUGAUGAUCGGCACGGAUUCUCACACGCCCAACGGAGGUGGUCUCGGAGGCCUGUGCAUUGGCGUGGGUGGUGCUGACGCUGUUGAUGUCAUGGCUGAUAUUCCUUGGGAGCUGAAGUGCCCAAAGGUCAUUGGUGUUAAGCUGACCGGGGAGCUGAGUGGCUGGACAUCCCCAAAGGACAUCAUCUUGAAGGUCGCUGGAAUCUUGACUGUCAAAGGAGGUACCGGGGCUAUUGUUGAAUAUCUGGGGCCUGGCGUGGACUCCAUCUCCUGCACUGGGAUGGCCACGAUUUGCAACAUGGGCGCUGAGAUCGGGGCUACCACAUCUGUUUUCCCCUUCAACAACCGGAUGAGAGACUACCUUGUGGCUACCAACCGGCAGGGCAUCGCUGAGCUGGCCGAGCAGAACGCCUCCAUGCUUACCCCUGACGAUGAUGCCCCCUAUGACCAAAUGGUGGAGAUCAAUCUUUCUGAACUCGAACCUCACAUCAACGGACCCUUCACCCCAGACCUGGCUCACCCUGUUCACAAGGUUGGAGAUGCAGCUCGGGAAAAGGGCUGGCCACUGGAGGUGAAGGCCGGUCUGAUUGGGUCUUGCACAAACUCCUCCUAUGAAGACAUGGGACGCUGUGCUUCCAUUGUUAAGGAAGCCAUGAACCACGGGCUGAAGGCCAAGUCUCUCUUCCACAUCACGCCAGGCUCCGAACAGAUCCGAGCUACUAUUGAACGUGACGGAAUUGCCCAGACUUUGCGUGAGUUUGGUGGGACCGUGCUGGCUAAUGCGUGUGGUCCGUGCAUCGGGCAGUGGGAUCGUCAGGACGUGAAGAAGGGAGAGAAAAACACCAUUGUAACCUCGUAUAACCGUAACUUCAUCGGCCGCAAUGAUGCCAACCCUGCAACCCACGCUUUCGUCACGUCUCCAGAGCUUGUUACGGCCAUGACGCUCGCUGGGACACUGGACUUCGACCCUCGCAACGAUACGCUGGUCGGAAGUGAUGGGAAAAAGUUCAAAUUGAGCAACCCAUUCGCCGCCGAGCUCCCACCCAAGGGAUUUGACCCUGGCGAAGACACCUACCAGUCUCCUCCACCAGAUGGCUCCAGCGUGUCCGUCGAUGUCAGCCCUGAAUCCCAGCGUCUCCAGCUACUCUCUCCCUUCGACAAGUGGAAUCCCAAGAACUUGCAGGAUAUGACUGUUCUCAUCAAGGUGAAAGGGAAAUGCACGACGGACCACAUCUCAGCUGCAGGUCCCUGGCUCAAAUUCCGCGGCCAUCUUGACAACAUAUCCAAUAACAUGUUCCUGACAGCUAUCAACAGUGAGAACGAUGACAUGAACAACGUCCAGAACAAGAGCACGGGUGAAUGGGGUCCCGUGCCCGCGACGGCCCGGGCUUACAAGGCCAGUGGGAUCAGCUGGUGUGUCAUUGGGGAUGAUAAUUACGGAGAGGGCAGUUCUCGGGAGCACGCCGCCUUGGAGCCCCGUCAUCUGGGCGGGCGAGCAAUCAUUGUGAAGUCUUUCGCUCGAAUCCACGAGACUAAUCUGAAGAAGCAGGGCAUGCUACCCCUCACCUUCGCCGAGCCGAGCGACUACGACAAAAUCGAUCCCAAUGACAAGAUUUCACUUCUGGGACUUGAGAGUUUCGCUCCCGGCAAGCCUGUGGAGUGCGUCAUCCGCCACGCUGACGGCGCGACGGAGACCAUCCAGCUCAACCACACCUUCAACGAGCAGCAGAUAGCCUGGUUCAAGGCCGGCUCCGCCCUUAACUACAUGAAGGAGCUGGCGAAGAAGUAAUUUUGAGACAU